AUGCUUAGGAGGGCCAGGCAGUCAGUCUACUGGCUGGAAAUAGAAGGAGACCUUCAGCAUCGCCGUGCCCAAUGCACCUCAUGUGAUGAACACGCCCCUUCAAUGCCUCCUGAGGAAAUGAUACACACGCCGCCAGCAGAAUACCCCUUCCAGCAAGUCGUCGCAGGUAUGUUCCAAAUAGAGGGCAAUGUAUACAUGGUAUACGCAGACAGACUAACCGGUUGGUUAGAAGUAGCUCACUUCCCCUGUGGUGCCACGUCCAACAAAAUAAGCAAUCACCUUCGAUCCUAUUUUUCACGUUGGGGAGUCAAGGUCCGCCUGUCGUCACCCCAGUAUCCCCAGUCCAACAGUAGGGCAGAAGCAGCUGUCAAACCGGCAAAGAGGCUACUCCGAGAAAACACGUCAAAAGGUGGAGUCCUUGAAUCAGACAACACGGCCCUGGCGAUACUCCAAUACCUCAACACGCCUCUGAUGGAGAUCAACAAGUCGCCAUCUUGCAAUGGGUCGCCAGCUGCGUGA